CACGCCUGGUCUGUGGCCACAGACAGCACCGUCCCAACCUUGCCCUGCCGGCUCGCACCCGUCCCAUCGCAGCGGCGAUUGGAGAUCACAUUCACACAACCUGCUCGCCGCCCGCUCGGGAAAAUGCCAGCGGAUAUAAUGGAGAAGGCGACCGCUUCACCCGUGCCCGCCACCCCGGCCAACGUCAGCGCCACGCCGGAUAAACCAAAGACUGCUUCUGAAAGCCGCAAGUCAUCCAAACCCAUAAUGGAGAAGAGACGCCGGGCGAGGAUUAAUGAGAGUCUGGGCCAACUGAAGACUCUGAUUCUAGACGCGCUGAAGAAAGAUAGUUCGCGGCAUUCGAAGCUGGAGAAAGCGGACAUCCUUGAGAUGACCGUCAGGCACCUCCGCAACCUGCAGCGCGCACAGAUGACCGCGGCGCUGAGCGCGGAUCCGAGCGUCCUGGGCAAGUACCGGGCGGGUUUCAGCGAGUGCAUCAACGAGGUGACCCGGUUCCUAUCUACCUGCGAGGGUGUGAACGCAGAGGUGCGCACCCGUCUGCUCAGCCACCUGGCCAACUGCAUGUCCCAGAUCAGCGGCCUGAGCUACCCCCCUGCGGCCGCGGGCCACAUGCAGCAGCUGCCGGCAUCAGGGGCCUCACUCGGCCCGUGUAAAACGAGCGCGGCCGAGGCGCUGGCGGCCGCCACCAAGCUGUACGGCGGCUUCCAGUUAGUGCCCGCGUCCGACGGACAGUUGGCCUUCCUCAUCCCCAGCGCGGCGCUGGCGGCGAGCGGGCAGCUCACACCGGGACCGAUCAUCCCCCUGUUCGCCAACGGCACUGCGCUGCCGCCCGCCGCCUCUCCGGCCACUCGUCCCCCAGCCCCCGCCCUAGCCGCCGCCGCCGCCGCCGCGCCCGGCUUCUCACUGGCCCUCGCAGCCGCCAGCCCGCUCAGUGCCGGCGGGACCACAGAUUGCGCAGAUACUGUCUGGAGACCCUGGUGACCUGACCUGCCCGGCCCGCUCCACGAACGACUGGCAGCCUCGGGAAUAAAGACUCGUUCUACUGAACUGUGUGCCGUUGUAGAAAUGUCCAAAGAAGAUGGGUCUCGACCAUUCCUUCUCUCCACAGACGCUGCCUGUCCCGCUGAGUUACUACAGCAUUUUGUGUCUACCUUCAAUUGUACAAACACGAACUCUGAUUGUACCCAGAAUGUUAAAGGUCGGCCCGCAUUGGCCCCAGCAGCCCGAAUGUACAUUUUUCUACAAGUUGAUGAAAUGCCAAAGACAAACUCCUUACUUUCAAGGAGAUUUAUAUUUCAAAAAUAAAAGGAAAACUGACA